UUAUGGGCGUGGUCUGAAAUAAAAUGGUGGCUCACAAGUGGCUUUGAAAGAUGAGUACAAUGAGCGCCAGUAGGAACAGUUUUCGUCUAGAGACGAGAUCCAGAGCGAGAGACGACAUUAAAAGAGUCAUUCAAACCAUAGACAAAGUUAGAAAAUGGGAGAAGAAAUGGGUUGAUCUAGGACUGUCAAAUUCAAUCAAAAUAUAUAAAUGGGUUCCUGUUAGAGAAGAAAUGAAAGAAGAAGACGAGAUUAACAAAGAAAAUGAACCAAUGGAUCUCACAGUUACUGUCACUCAACCUCCUCCUCCUCUCCCUCCUCCUUCCGUUGACAUCCUCUCAUCGUCUGGUGAAAUGACACUAACCGCUAAUCUUCCUCAGAAUAUAAUGGAAGAUGAAGACACUACAAUCACACAGAGAACAAUGGACACACACCAGCCAGAAGGAGUACAGCAGCUGGAGGAAGCUGAAAAGGACGGGAAAGACUCAAAAGAAAACCAUACUUCUUAGACUCCCUCAUUAAUUAUUCAUUACAUUUUAUUUAAUUUUAUUAAUUAAAUUAAACCUAUGAAUAUUAAA